AUGGGAAAUGUAGAAAAUAUUUAUACUCAUGUCUUGAAAUUUCUCAAGUUAUUAUAUUUUGUUAUUAAUUUAUUUGGGGUGUGUAAUAGCCAGUUGAGUCCAACAUUCUAUGCCACUUCUUGCCCCAAUAUGUCGAAGAUUGUGCGUGGCGUGAUUAAGAGAGCCAGAAAAGAUGAUGCGCGUAUUGGUGCCAAAUUCAUCCGUCUUCAGUUCCAUGAUUGUUUUGUCAGUGGCUGUGAUGCAUCACUUUUGUUAGAUGAUGCAAAUGGCAAAGACAGCGAGAAAAAUGCACGACCCAACUUGUCAAUAGAAGGUUAUGAAGUCAUAGACAAAAUUAAAACUAAGCUUGAGAGAGUUUGCCCAGGCGUCGUCUCCUGUGCUGAUAUCAUUUCCCUUGCAUCUCAAAUUUCGGUUUCUUUGGUAUGGGGGUCCAACAUGCAAGUACAAUUGGGAAGAAAAGACUCCAGGGAGGCAUUUCUAAAUAGAACUAUUGUCAUUCCAGGACCUAGAGAAACCCUCAGUGAAAUUUUACAGAAGUUCAGAGAUCAGGGACUUGAUUCCACUGACUUGGUAGCUUUAUCUGGUGCACACACUUUCGGUUCUGCUAGAUGCACUGUUUUCAGCCACCGUCUAUACAAUUUCAAUGGCACAGGAAGGCCAGACCCGAGCUUGGAUCCCAAAUAUUUGCAAAGUCUUCGUGGACAGUGCCCUAAUAUCGAGAAGCAGUCUCCUCCGACUCUAAUUAAACUUGAUCGAACAACUCCCAAUUAUUUUGACAACAAUUACUUCAAAAACCUGAAAAAGAAAUCUGGUCUUCUACAAACUGACCAGGAGUUAUUUUCUACUCCUGGGGCUAAAACUGUUGCAAUUGUGGAGCGGUUUGCAGAAAACCAGACUGAUUUCUUUGAAAGUUUUAGCGAAGCCAUGAUGAAGAUGGGAAAUAUAAUGACACUGACGGGAAACAAAGGUGAGAUCAGGAUGAACUGCAGAAAAGUUAAUUGAAUCAUCUAGUAUGGGAAGAUUGUUGCUACGACGGGUUAUAAUGUAAUAAAUUAUAUAGUUUGUUCCCAUUUAAGUUGGUAUAUAUGUGAAAAUUAUUGUUCUGUGAGAAGC